AUGGACCCGUCUCAACCUGGCUCUGUUUCUCUCGACUCCUUCGUCACAAUGAAUCAGCGCCUGGAUCAACUCUACCACCUCGGCGUGCUGAGGGUCAAAUUGCAAGCAGACGAGCAAGGCUUUCCCACAUUCGUCGCCAUGCCUGAUAAGCCUCUCGGGUUUUCGGUACCAACGAAUUACGACCGAAGAGAUCUGUCAGUGACGCUUAAACACUUAUUUACGACGACUGGGGAAGAACGUAUUGUUAAGGCAACCCUCGCAGCGUUCAGGGAUACUGAGUUUGUUAUUUCACAAGAUUUCGAACUCAUGAACGAUUUUUUGGCAAAGUCGACCACGUUUGCCACGGCUCAGCAGCUGGCGGAUGGCGGGCACACCCUUACCAGGUGUCCUCAGGCUAUGGCCCGCAUCAUUAGAUAUGAUGGUGGCAUUGAGGAUAAACAGUGGUGGUGGGACAGCAUCGCCCACGAUGUCAAAGAACGAUAUAACCAAAAGUCCUUCUACCUGAUCAACGGAUUUUCCGACGAAAUGGCCCGAGCAAGAGACGAAAAAGGGCGCGCUUAUGCCGUGGGGAAUGUGGCACAGGCAGCCAAACAUGUGAAAGAAUUCCUGAAAUGGCAACUUAAUGCUGAUUUGAUGAGGGCUAUGGAAGACGCGAUGAACGGUUUUCAGUGGUCAUCAUCCCCAUCAUCCGAUGACCAGUCAAUGCGCUCGGAAGAGGCUUAA